AUGAUGAGCUGGUUUUCCAGAGCGUACAAGACCUGCAUCACUCCAUGGCACGAUCGGCCGGCGUUCCAACCGGCGCUCUUGUGCUGCCGGUUACACGAAAAGCAGAAGCAGAAGCGAACGUCGAUGUUUUUGCUGCCGCGGCCGCGCCGCGACCUCCCGUUUGUUUUGGCGCCGAUGCAGCGCCGUCUCUCGCCGCGCGAGCGAGAUGGCGCCGCCGCGGCGUCGGCGCCGCGAUCAACCGCGCUCCAGCAGCGAGCGGUGCAGAGCGUCUACCGACAUGACAGGGCGAGUUCGCUGGGCGGCGUCGCUGCGCACGCGAUGCGGAUAGAGGAGGACGUCAAGCUGGACUACAAGGCACCUCGCACCUCGCCUCUCCCAACCACCCUGCUGCUCCGCCCAAGGUCGACCUGCGCCGCCGCUUCACCUUCAAGCACGAAGCGGAGCUGGGAGGGCGUGCCGCUCAUCGUCGCCAACAUGGACACGGUCGGCACGUUCGACAUGGCGCUGGCGCUGGCGCGGCACGGCGCGAUGGUCGCGGUGCACAAGCACUACAGCGUCGAGGAGUGGGCCGCUUUUGUGGCCGCCCACCCCGAGGCGGCGGCGCACGUGGCGGUCUCCUCUGGCGUCUCGACGGCGGACCUGCAGAAGCUGGACCAGAUUCUCGAGCGGUGUCCGGCGGGCCAGAGCGCAGCCCACAAGGCACGCCCGAGCGCCACGCCCCAGACGCGUCCACGACACACCUCCCUCCAGGCGGUGCAGACCAUCUGCCUGGACGUGGCCAACGGGUACAGCGAGGGGUUUGUGAGCUGCGUGCAGCGCGUGCGAGCCGCGCACCCGUCGCGCACGAUCAUCGCGGGCAACGUCGUCACCAAUGAGAUGACGGAGGAGCUCAUCAUGCACGGGGCGGACGUCGUCAAGGUCGGCAUCGGGCCGGGCUCCGUCUGCACGACGCGCCGGCAGACCGGCCUCUCGGCGGUCGUGGAGUGCGCGGACGCCGCUCACGGCCUCGGCGGGCACAUCGUCGCCGACGGAGGGAUCACGAACCCGGGCGACGCGGCCAAGGCGUUUGGCGGCGGCGCCGACUUUGUCAUGAUGGGGGGCAUGUUCGCGGGCACGGACGAGUCGCACGGCACGCUGGUCGAGCGGGGGGGCAAGCAGUACAAGCAGUUCUACGGCAUGUCCAGCUCGACGGCGAUGGCGAAGCACUCCGGCGGCGUCGCCGAGUACCGCUCGAGCGAGGGCAAGACGGUCGAGGUCGCCUACCGCGGGCCGGUCGACGCUGUCAUCCUCGACCUGUUCGGCGGCCUCCGAUCCGCGUGCACGUACAUCGGCGAGACGCCCACGGACAUGACGCUACACUGA